GGGGUCAGACGGAGGGCUGAAUCAUUCACUCACAGUUAGACCGAUUAAAGCGAGCUCUGUGCUGCAUUAAAUAGUGCGGAUCCCCGAUCAGGUUUACAGCAGAUGACUCGGUGAUCAUCAAAAUGAAGAAGAGUGUGGUGGUGAUGAAGAAGAUGUGAUUGCGUAAACUCCGCCCAUCAGCCUUCAUCUGAUCAGCAGCUCACACAUCGAGCACAACAUCGCUGUUUUAUCGUUCGUUUUGGGGGACACAUGUGUGAUCAGAGAAGCGGGCUGUUAUGAGACGUAUGUGAGCUGAUGGCGUGUGUUUUGGCCGUCAGGGCUGUCAUGCCGCCUGCGUCAGACAUCGUGAAGGUGGCCAUCGAGUGGCCCGGUGCAAACGCUCAGCUCAUCGAGAUCGACCAGGUACUGCUUCUUACUCUCUCACACACACAUGCUAAAAAGCCGCUGGCGUCCAUCGUUAGAGAAGUGUGUGAUGGAUGGUCUCUGUCGGGUUCAGAGCAGUUCGCCCUGCGUUACGCUGAAGGGCCGCAGCUCUACAUCACUGAACAGAACCGCGGUGACAUCAAGAACGGCAGCAUCCUCAGACUGGCCAUCUCUCCUAUGCGAGCGGCUCGACAGCUGCUGGAGCGCAUCCAGUCUCACGGGAUUGACGCGCGUCUGGAGGCUCUGAAAGAGCUGGCCAAGCUCUCUGCUGACCCCAGCUUCGCCACAGAGUUCAUCAACAUGGAGGGCCUGGCGACGCUGGCGCGGCUGGUGGAGAGCGGCACACAUUUCGGGGAGAUGUUGGCCUUCACCCUCACAGCGUUUCUGGAGCUCAUGGAUCAUGGCAUCAUAUCCUGGGAUCUGAUAUCCGUGUCCUUCAUCAAACAGAUUGCGGCUUACGUGAACCAGCCCAUGGUGGACGUGUCCAUCCUGCAGCGCUCCCUGGCCAUCCUGGAGAGCAUGGUGCUGAACAGCCACAGCCUGUACCAGCGUGUGGCGCAGGAGACCACUGUGACGCAGCUCAUCACACACCUGCAAGUGUCCAAUCAGGAGAUCCAGACGUAUGCCAUCGCCCUCAUCAACGCCCUGUUCCUCAAAACCCCAGAGGACAGACGCCAGGAGAUGGCGAGUACACUGGCUCAGAAACACCUCCGCGGCAUCAUACUCAAUCACAUCAUCCGGGUGAAUCGACCAGUCAAAGCUGAAAUGGCACAUCAGCUGUAUGUGCUGCAGGUUUUGACCUUCAACCUUCUGGAAGAACGCAUGAUGACCAAAAUGGACCCGAAUGACCAGACACAAAGAGAUAUCAUCUUUGAACUCAGAAGAAUCGCGUUUGAUGGAGACAGUGAUCCCAGCGGAACAGAAAAGAGGAAAGCCAUCUACAUUAAAGACUACAAGAUGCUGGGCUUCACUAAUCCUGUGAAUCCUGCCAUCGAUUUCACUCAGACACCACCGGGAAUGUUGGCACUAGACAACAUGCUUUACCUAGCCAAAGUGCAUCAGGACACAUAUAUUAGAAUUGUUCUAGAAAACUGCAGUCGAGAAGAUAAACAUGAGUGUCCAUUUGGUCGCUCUGCCAUUGAGCUGACGCGCAUGCUGUGUGAUAUUCUACAGGUUGGAGAACUGCCGAAUGAAGGGUGUAACGACUUCCAUCCCAUGUUUUUUACCCACGAGCGUGCUUGGGAAGAGUUCUUCUGCGUCUGCAUACAGCUGCUCAAUAAGACAUGGAAAGAAAUGAGGGCCACUGCAGAAGAUUUCAACAAGGUGAUGACGGUGGUGCGAGAACAGAUCACUAGAGCUUUGGCCAUGAAACCGCCGUCUCUGGAGCAGCUGCGGGUCAAACUGCGCAGUCUGAGCUACUCGGAGGUCCUGCGUCUGCGUCAGUCUGAGAGAAUGAGUCAGGACGACUUCCAGUCACCCCCUAUAAUUGAUCUGCGUGAGCGGAUCCAGCCAGAGAUUCUGGAGCUGAUCAAACAGCAGCGACUCAGUCGUCUGUGUGAGGGAAGCUGCUUUCGCAAACUCGGCAACAGACGGAGACAAGAGAAGUUCUGGUUCUGCCGUCUGUCGUUGAAUCACAAGGUCCUGCACUACGGAGAUCUGGACGAGUCUCCACAGGGCGAAGUGCCGUUUGAACUGCUCACCGAUACGAUUCCCGUGUCGGACAUUAAAGCGGUGCUGACGGGGAAAGACUGUCCGCACAUGAAGGAGAAGAGUGCGCUCAAACAGAACAAGGAAGUGUUAGAGUUGGCGUUUUCCAUCCUCUAUGAUCCUGAUGAGGCUCUCAACUUUGUGGCAACCAACAAAUACGAGUAUUGCAUCUGGACGGAUGGAGUGUCUGCACUCUUGGGGAAGGAGUUGGGCAGCGAUCUCACACGAAGUGACCUUGACACAUUAAUGAGCAUGGAAAUGAAGCUCCGCCUCCUUGACCUGGAGAACAUCGCCAUCCCUGAGGCUCCUCCCCCUGUGCCCAAAGAGCCCAGCACUUACAACUUCACCUACAACUAUGGAUGAGACGUCUGUCCUUGUCAUCAGUGCUUGUGUUUUCUGUGUCGUUCACUCUUCAGAGGUGAAGUGUGUCAUUUGUCUGUCACUGAGAAACUUUCCUGCCAGUUUCAUGUUGAGAAGCGCUCUGUGACCAGCACGGGCCAAAGAGCAGAAAUGACACACUUCACCUUUAUGCUAGUGUGUGUGCCUGAACAUGAACUAGUCUUAGUUACGAGAGUCCUUUUACGAAUGUGUGUAAGGCAUAAAAACAAGCAGUUCUUCUGUCUUGAAGUAUUUGAUUUUAAA